AAGUACGAAUCAAUCUACACGCACGUUACAUCGGCAAAGAUAGAUAAGUUGAAAACUCAAGAAAGAUUCGCAAGACUCAAACAAACACACACAGAGUUGAUCGUAUGAAUCGAUCGACUCUGGCCCUCAUCCUUGUCAACUCGCCCGAGUCACGCCUCUUUAUCACACACCUCCGUCUCAAUCCAACGGUCAGAUCUCUCGCCGGUGUCUCCACCACCACCAAGCCCUCACGCAGACAAUUCUCAAUCGCUAACAACAACAAACGAACCGCCUCCUUCGCCGCCGGACGCCGGAAACCUAACUUACUCUCGACGGCCAUGGACGCGCCACCGCCGGCCGGGGAUGACUUUGUGAGCAUCGACGGCCCUGAAUCCCCUGUGCGCCAAGACCCUAGCCUUGUUGAUAUUGAAAACCUAGUUCAAAGCAUUUCGUCUGUGGAUGAAGAUAGAGGCGAAGAUGUGGAUGCGGAUGUCGGAGAUGGAGGUGAUCAGAGGCCGGUGCUGCCGGAGGAGCUUUCGCGGAGUGUGAUGACGCUUUCUUGUGAAUCGUCAGCGGAGGGGGGGAUUUGCGAUGUUUAUUUGGUUGGAACCGCUCACGUUUCUCAGGAAUCAUGCCAAGAAGUUCAAGCUGUAAUCAGUUUUCUAAAACCACAGGCUGUUUUCUUGGAACUAUGCUCAAGUCGUGUGCCUGUACUUACUCUUCAGAAUUUAAAGGUACCAACCAUGGCGGAAAUGUUGGAUCUGUGGAAGAAACAGCACAAUAUCUUUGGAAUACUCUACAGCUGGUUUCUUGCCAAGGUUGCUAGUAAGCUAGAGGUUUUACCUGGUUCCGAGUUUCGUGUGGCAUUUGAAGAAGCAUCGAAGUAUGGUGCCAAGGUGAUACUUGGUGAUCGUCCGAUACAGAUAACUUUACGAAGGACAUGGGCAAAGAUGCCGCUUUGGCAUAAGACAAAAUUAAUCUAUUCCUUACUUUUCCAAGCAUUAUUUUUACCGAGCCCUGAAGAUCUUACUAAAAUGCUGAAGGAAAUGGAUGAUGUUGAUAUGUUGACUCUUGUGAUUCAAGAGAUGAGCAAGGAGUUCCCCACUCUAAUGGAAACCCUUGUACAUGAGCGAGAUCUGUAUAUGUCGUCCACAUUAUUAAGGGUUGCUAGUGAGCACAGUUCAGUUGUCGCAGUUAUUGGAAAGGGGCAUAUGCAGGGAAUUAAGAAGCAUUGGAAGCAGCCAGUUGAGGUGAAGCAUCUUCUAGGUGUAGAUUUACCUUCACAGAAGCCAGCAAUAUCUGCUGUGAAGAUCCUCGCAACUCUCGGAGCUGCAGUUGCUGGAGUGGCCAUAAUUUCUGGCAUUUAUCUUUCAAACAAAAAAUAGAGUCGUUUCCUUGAAGAUGGUAAACUAGAAAUUUUCUUUGACCAAAUUUUGAAAGUCUGGUAUAAAGUUGUGAUUCUUACAAACAAUCCAUAAAAUGAUAAGGCCGUCUAGAGAUAGUUCAAUUUCUAUCAAUUGUACCCUCCUCUUGAGGAUCCGUCAUCAUCAACUCUUUCUUUCUUCUAAAAAAAUAAGUAAUGACAAAAUCUGACAAAUUUAUCAAGGAUGCGCAGCAGCUCGGUGCUACAACUGAAGUAUUGAUGAUCAAUGUGAAGUAUGAAAUCAAAAUUUUCUUU